AUGUUUUCAAUUACUCGAAUACAAAUUUUAUUAUCCUGUAUUAUAUUAGUUCAACUUUUACUUUCGUCAAAUGUUCACGCCGAUGAAAAAAACAUAAACAAACUUUUGAACAAUCAGGUCAUUGUCAGUCGCCAGAUAAUGUGCAUUCUAGAGAAGAGUCCAUGUGAUCAACUAGGACGCCAAUUGAAAGCUGCACUUCCAGAAGUUAUAACUAGAAAAUGCCGGAAUUGUUCGCCCCAGCAAGCUCAAAAUGCACAAAAAUUAACCGCAUUUUUGCAGACUCGUUAUCCUGAUGUAUGGGCGAUGCUAAUUAGAAAAUAUCAAAAUGCCUAAGUGUGUUACAUGAAUAUUGUGUAUAUGUUUAUGGCUAUAAAAUGAAUAUUUAUUAAUAAAAAUUUAAAAAAUGCUCAUUCAUCAACCAAAA